AUGUCGUUGAACAGAGAUAUCUGGCUUCUUGUUUCUGCGCAUUUGCAACAAAGAGACAAGGCCAAUCUGCUGUUGGUAUGUCGUGACUGGUACUCUCUCUUUCUGCGAGAGGUCUACAGAACAAUCUCGAUCAGGGGUCUUCAGGUACAUUUCCUGACUCAGACUGUUCGAAGCAAUCCCAAUAUUGCCACUGCCAUCAGGAAUCUGAAUCUGGACUUGAGCUUUGUGUAUUUUAAGUCAGAUCCUCACCCGAACUAUGAAGUCGACACCAUUUGGGAUGCAGUGAAAGCAAACAACCUGGGAGAUUCCUGGAGAGAGAGCCUUCGAAUAGGCUGCCCCGACGCCUGGCUGGCAGUCAUGGUACUUUCGCUAGACUCUCUUACGAGUAUGUCUCUGAAAUUCUGCGAAUCGAAUUAUUCCCUGCCCCUGGUGGACCGGAUGGCGGCGGCAAACCCCACAGGGCGAGCUCUCCAACGCCUGUCACGCGUGGCCUUCCACCCAGACGGGGUAAUGGGAUUCUACAUAGCGAGUGAGCUGAUCCCAUUCUUCAAUCUUCCGGCGAUGCAGGUUUUCUCUGCUGGUGGCAUAUGUGAAUAUCAUUACGGGCCCAUGUCACCCAAGCCGGGCACUUCCACGAUCAGGGAGCUGGAUCUUGGUGGCUUCAAGACAAACAAUGGCAGCCGUGGCUUUGCCGACUAUAUCACUUCGUGUGCCAAUCUGGAGGUAUUCGACUACCAGCAUGAUAACAAAGCCGUCUGGAAGGAGGCCUACCUGGACUUCCACCCUCUCUUGUUCUACAAUGCCCUGUGUUCCCAAAAGCACAGUCUGCGCAAGCUACGACUGAAUGACAGCGGACAGAUGGAGGAGACUGGAGUGGAUGAGGAAUACGAAAAAUACAUUGGUUUCGGAUCUCUAGCGGACUUUCACCGUCUACAAGAGCUUUACAUACCGUUCCGCACACUGUUGCAAUUUGGCUCAGGCGACAAGCCAGAAGUGUCUCUGGUGGAGGUUUUGCCCCAUAGCCUGGAGACUUUGUGCCUGUCUCAUUGUUACGAAGCAGAUGUCGCACUUCUCAUAGAGAGCCUUCAAAGCCUACUGGUGCAACGCGAGCGGUUUCCAAAUGUCAAAAGGAUCCAACUACAACUGGGCGCAAUUGACCCAAGGAAGCAUAGUGGUUCAAAGAAGCUUGCACCACCCUGCUUCCUGCCGCUGGAGAUGAAGUGUUGUAAAAUAGGAGUUCGGUUUGGGUUCCGCCUGUAUGGUCGAGAUGUUGAUCAUGUCUACGCGGACAGGCCCUAG